UCUGGAGCGGGGGCUCGAGCUCCUCCAUCCCCGCCCUGUGGCUUGGGGGGCCGUGGCCCUCCUGCCGCGUUUCUCGUGGCUCCCCCUUGAGUGCUUCCCCCCCGCACCUCGGCAGGGAGGUGCAGGACCCAGAGGAGGGUUCAGGCAGGGGCGGCGGGAUGAUGAGCCCUGGAGGGGCGUCCAUGUGGGGAGAGACUGCAGGGGCCAGGCCUAAUGUGUUGAGAAAAGAGAGGCUCGUGGCGAGCACCAGGAGGGCUGACAACAUGCUGGCUGGUGGGGAGAGCAUCGACAGGGAUUUGCUACCGGCUGUCCCCCAAGGCGAGAACUGGGGGUUGCAACACGAACGGAGUGGGCAGUUUGUGAAAGAAAAUGAAUUUGGCUGAGAUCUGUGAUAAUGCCAAAAAGGGGCGAGAAUAUGCACUUCUUGGGAACUAUGACUCCUCCAUGGUAUAUUACCAGGGCGUCAUCCAGCAGAUUCAGAGACACUGUCAAUCCAUCAGAGACCCAGCUGUCAAGGGCAAAUGGCAACAGGUCCGACAAGAGUUACUGGAAGAAUACGAGCAAGUCAAGAGUAUUGUUAACAUGCUAGAGAGUUUUAAGAUGGACAAACCUGCAGAUAUUCCUGUAUCCUACCAAGAUGAGCCUUUUAGGGAUCCUGCUGUUUGGCCGCCUCCUGUUCCAGCUGAGCACAGGGUUCCCCCUCAGAUCAAACGUCCCAACCGAGAAGUAAAACCUUUGAGGAGAGAAUCACCAGGACUGCAGCCACGUGGGCCUGUGGGCCGAGCACACCCAAUAUCAAAAAGUGAGAAGCCUGCCAGUAGCCGGGAGAGGGAAUCUAGAGCGAAAGGGAGAGAUGACAAGGGAAAGAAAACCCCUCAGGAAGGUGCUGGAGAUGGAGAAAUUCCAAAGUUUGAUGGAGCUGGGUAUGACAAAGACUUGGUUGAAGCACUCGAAAGGGACAUUGUAUCAAGGAAUCCAAGCAUUCAUUGGGAUGAUAUAGCAGAUUUGGAAGAAGCCAAGAAGUUAUUAAGGGAAGCUGUUGUUCUUCCAAUGUGGAUGCCUGAUUUUUUCAAAGGGAUCAGACGGCCUUGGAAGGGUGUGCUAAUGGUUGGCCCGCCUGGGACUGGCAAAACAAUGCUAGCCAAAGCUGUUGCUACUGAAUGUGGAACAACGUUCUUCAAUGUUUCCUCCUCUACUCUGACGUCCAAGUAUAGGGGCGAGUCUGAGAAGCUAGUGCGCCUCCUCUUUGAAAUGGCUCGGUUCUACGCUCCAACAACAAUCUUUAUUGACGAAAUAGAUUCCAUCUGCAGUCGCCGAGGCACAUCUGAUGAACACGAGGCAAGUCGCAGAGUCAAGUCGGAGCUGCUUGUUCAGAUGGACGGGGUAGGUGGUGCCUUAGAAAAUGAUGACCCAUCUAAAAUGGUGAUGGUGCUUGCUGCCACAAAUUUUCCCUGGGACAUUGAUGAAGCUUUGCGAAGAAGGUUGGAGAAAAGGAUUUAUAUCGCUUUGCCAACAGCAAAAGGCAGAGCUGAGCUGCUUAAGAUUAAUCUUCGGGAAGUAGAGCUGGAUCCUGAUAUCCACCUUGAAGAAAUUGCUGAGAAGAUUGAAGGCUACUCUGGUGCUGAUAUAACUAAUGUGUGCAGGGAUGCCUCUUUGAUGGCAAUGAGACGUCGUAUUAAUGGCUUAACCCCAGAAGAGAUCCGUGCACUUUCUAAAGAAGAACUGCAGAUGCCUGUUACCAAGGGGGACUUUGAGCUGGCUCUGAAGAAAAUCUCUAAGUCUGUAUCUGCUGCAGAUCUGGAGAAGUAUGAAAAAUGGAUGGCGGAGUUUGGAUCUGCUUAAUUUCAGGCAGAGCCUGGCUUUGCUAUGGGUUUUUUUUAAUUGUAUUCAGUUGUGAAAUGUAAAAUGAGUUAGGAAUCUUUUAUAAGGUUUAAUAAAACAUGAGCUUUUUCUGGAGCUUUUUCUCCCUUCUAAACACUGUUUGCACUUGAAGGGAAGAAAACCAGUAACAAGUAGGGGAGAGUAAAACAUUUUAUGGCUGAUGGGAAAAGGGCAUAAACAGCAAGAGAAAUAUUUUGUGUUUGGAAAUGAUCCUUAUCUUUCUGAUAAGCCCCAGUGUCCUUUAACUUUGCCCCUUUGACCUUCAUGGCUUGGAUCUGCCAACUGGACAUGGGAAUAUAGCCAGAGAAGCUUACAAAAGUUUAUUGCAUUUAUUCUGCUUAGAAUGUGUAAUGUUCUCAAUGAGCAUCAGAUUCUGUUCGCCCACACAUGGCUUUGAAAUUGCUGUUCUUUUGCCACUGUUCUUUGUUGCUCUCAGCAGAGUGUGUGGGUAAAUUGGCAUCAUCAUAACAAGUAGUGAUUGGGUAGCUUCAGCAUUCAAAUUGCAGUGAUUUGGUUGUUUGAAAUCUUGGCGUGGAUGCUCAUCUCACUUUGGUCCACUCUACAUUAGUGUAAGUCUUCCCCCAUCUUUGACUUGAGAAUAUUACUUGUGGCUUCCACCCAUACAUAUGAGAAGAAAAAUGAAGACUCUUGAUUACUUGGGUUCAGGUUAGGCCUUCUUCUGGUACAGAGUGGCAGUAAUUCAACUACGAUUGAUUUUUAAACUGACUUGACUUAUGCCUUCCACUUUCAUACUCAUCCCAUCCGCUUGGAUUUGGUUUUUGUGCUUUCUAGAUUUUUUUAUUGUUAUUUAUUAAGAAGCAUCAAAACAUACAUUUGAAUGCAAGACACUAAUAUUAAGACACAGGACACAGAACUUUCAGUCCCAAAUUCUCUGUUCCUGCCUGUGCUGCAUGGUGAUGUUUUUCACUUGUUCGUGUUGUCAGUUCUAACUGUAAACAGUUCUAUUUUAUGUUUCCUUUAACAUGUACAAUACUGGGAAAACAUUUCAUAUCUGUAGAUUUUUCCUUUUUUUUCUCUCCUCCCCCUCCUUCAAAGCAAAUGAAGAGAAGUGCUGGAAUAGAAUCUCUGGUAUAAGAAGUCCCCUCCUUAGAGCAUAGCUGUCAUGCCAGCAGUAGCAUGUAAGCCUCUCUACAGGACUCCAUCAGGUGUUGCAGAGCUAGCUACUCAGGAGUUUCCUCUGCUGGGAGUAAUGAGGGGCUGCAGUUUGAUAUAUGUCCUGUCCUCCUGAUGACAUUGCCAGUGAGGUUGUCAGCAGUCCUGACAAGGUUGGUAACCUGCCCCUCGCCUUUUGGAAAUAGACACAGAGUCCUCAUGGGUUAUGUCUGUACCACUUCUUCAGGCCCUUUACGAGAACCACCAGGAAGCACUGUUUUGCCUACUUACUCUUCACACCCCAAAUUUGGAAGAGAGGCAGACAAGUCACCUUGGGGUAACCCUGUUUUGCUCUUGAGAUCUGUGCCUGUGCUGUGGACAUUCCCUAAAGUUGACUUCACCAUUGGAGAGGGGAUGCAGGGCCUGAUUCUUGGCAGCACUCUCAGGUCCUCCAUGGAGGCAAUAAAGAUGCAGUCACUGCCACCAAACUGCUAUUGAAUAAAAGCAGCUUCUUACCACUGUUGAUUUUGGCUAGAUCUUGUGGUUUCAGAUACCAUCAUUAACCCACUAAGCUCACCACACCUCCUUGAAUAGCAUUAGCUAGGCUUGAUCAGAAUUGCAUUUUCUAGUCACUAGAGCAAGUACUGGUCUGGGGCCUCACCAAGUCAUUUACUAGUGGGCAGAGAGAUGUCAGCAGUUCUACAGUGUAAGCCUGUGAACCUGAGCUGUAUUGAUUGCUCAUACUUUGUUGGUAUUUUUUUGUCUAGAAGGCACCUUGGGCUGAGCCCAUGAAUCGUACAGUUUGCUCUUUUUAGACAAAGGCUUGCUCUAACUUAGACAGAAGAACAUCCCAAUAAAUAUCUUGAUGAUAACUCA